CAAAAAAUGGCGCAGACGCAUAAAGUGAAAUCAGUGAAAUUCAUCCUAUAAUAUAUAUAUACAGCUUAUAAACAAUGAAAGUUUUUGAAAGUUAUGUCUCAAAUAAUUUGUGCAUUUUGAAUAUUUAUCUUCAUAAAGUUGUUGAAUGAGUGGAAUUUAUAAUUGAUACUUUUUACGAGAUUUUGAAAAAUGUCACGUUUCUUAAGGAAAAGACUUCCUUUACUAAUAGAGAAUUCUGAGGAGAAAAUGGAGAAACAUAAAUCCAGCAAUCCUGCUGAUUUAAAGAAAAAUUCACGAGUUGGUGCUUCGAAACAAUGUGCGAAAGUCAAGACUACCCGAACUUCGAAAAGAACUCAAGAGCAAGAUGAAAACAUUGUCCCGGAAAGUAAAAAUUCUCAAGAAACAGAGAAAAUAAAAGCCAGUAAUCGUCUAUUGAAUUUAAAGACGCAGAUUUUGAAACCAGACGCUAAAACUAAAAAAGCUGCUUUACACGUCAAGUCUCCCGUUUUCCGAGAUAGAACAAAUGAAAGUGUCGACCCUACGAAAGUGGACUCUCCGUUGAAUGUUAUUAUCCCCAUGGCCAAGCGAAGCGCGACAAAAACCAAACUUCAGAAUGAAGUUUCUUCAGAUGGGAAAUUACCGUCUCGGACGAAAUUAAGAUCUGAGAAUUCACCGCAAAAAGAAUUGUCGCAUAACAAAUUGGAACAAAAAGAAACUGGAGCAACAGCAGAACGAGUCAUAAGAACCAGAAGUGGCAAGCUUUCCACUGGAAAAAAUAAUGGUACAGACGAGAGGAAGAAAAAAAGUGCUAAAGAGAACGAGAAUAUUAAAGAUAAUAUCGUAGAAGAGGAUAAAGAAGAUGUUCCCAAGAAGGAAACUAAGACGGACACGGCACCAAAGCAGAGAAAGUUUUUCACUUUAUCAGUUAAAGAACGUGCAAGGAAAAAAAACUUGAUAAAGAAACCUGUUUUGGAUGAAAGUUCCUUUAGUGUACCUGUCAUUCCUGAAGAAAUUACUCCAAGUAAGAAAAAGACGUUGCGCCCUCGUCAAGAUGUUAAGAAUUACUGUGAAAAAAGUAAAUUGGCCUCGUCUCCCAGUAAACGAAACAGCAAGACGGCUGAGAAAAUACCCAGUCCAACUGCAAAGAAAGUUCCGAUCUGGAAUACUAUAAAAUUUUCAGAGGCGAAAGCUGAAAAUAAAGAUGUCUACGAGAUUUCGGACAGCGAUCUGUCAUUUGAGGGAAACCCGAAGAAACGGAAAAAGGCUAUUAAAAAGAAGCCUCCUAAACGAUUGAAAAAAACUGUGAAAUUUUCCAGGCCGAUUAAGAGUAAGUUGCCCAAAUCAGUUGGCGUUCAAAAAAUGGACAUUCAGAUGCCGAAGGUAGAAAUCGGCGAGCAACUAAUUUCACAAGUGCAAAUAAAUCCCAGUUCAUCAUCUCAAGCCCAACCAAGUCCGCAGGUCCAUCAGAAACCUAAAUUAGUCUCCGUCGAGGUCUUGGACAAUAAAAACAAACUGACUUUAGUGCCAUCAGCUUCAGUGCCUCAACCAGCAAAAGAAUUUAGGCCCUUCAGAGUGACUCAGAAUUUCCGGGCAUUGUCCAUCAUGCAACCAAACAUGGCAGACCACUCUCUUCUCUCGAGAACGCUGUCCCCAAUCGCGAAAGUUGCAGAAAAUGUUGACUUUUCAACUCCGUGGCGACUGCCGCAGGCUGGAAAGUUUUCUCGUGUUUGCAAUUUAAUUCAGAGUACUCCACAAAUAAAAAACGGUGGUUCAUUGUUGAGCAGAAAGACAGUUCUCGACACAGCAGAAGAGAAGAAAACUGACGAUGACAAAUCGACGAGUGCUGUGGAGAUGGGAAGUGGCAGACACGCGGAAGACAAUGCAGACGCUGAUUCAACUCCAGUGAAUUUGAAGGCAGAUGAGAGCAAAAUGUACGAUAUUCCUCAUGUGCCAAGUCCUGACAACGCCUCUGUUCAAAAUUCGUUUUCUAAUGAUGUCGAGGACAAGGAGAACGCCGCACCGAAUCUUCAAAGUCCGCGAAAUUCUCCGAAAAAGACGAGCGUCAUGGGAACGCCAACUUUCGAACCACAACCUGGACCUUCAGGUCUUCAGAAACAACCUCUCCGAGAACUGAAGGUCUUGCGACAAACUAAUUUAAACGAUUUCUUAAGCCUCGACGACGCGCCUGAAAGAACGGAAAUUAAAACGCCACAUGGAAUUUUCGAUGAUGUUCAUUCAACUCCAAUUAAUAGUAAGUUUGUAAAGAAGACUCCCCAGACAGAUAUUGAAAAUGCCUUUGGAUUUGACGAUGAUGUGGAUGUUUCUUCAAUUACGUGUCCAAUUGAAAAGCCAGUGAACACUGUUCCGAAAGGAAUACUUCGUGAAAAGAGAGGAAAUAUUCGAACCAGACAAGAGUCUCAACACAAGAAACCUGUGAGAUUUUCCGCAAAAGAGGUUUUGAGAACGUUACAUACACGUCGAGUGAAGAAAGAAGAAAAUAAUGUAAAAGAGAAGCAAGUCAAUGAAGGAAAGGAUAAACGCGAGGAAAAUGUGAUCGAGGAACCAGCAAAGGAAGCAGCGAAGAUGGACCAAGAAAAUGAGGUGAUGACGACAACAGCACCGGAUUUUUCUGAUACAUUUGAUUUUUUAAAAGAGCAAACCAAGGAAAACGAUGUGAACGAUCAAAACUCCAGUGUCCUGCCCCUAUUUGCAGAUUUGGAACCAACCCACUUUGCCACCCCUCCAAAAUCCACUUACAAGCGUAAAAGAAAUAUGAAGUACAGUUUUUCUGAUGUAAGUGAUGAGGAUGAAAAUAGAAAUGAAGUGAAAGAAAAAAUCACAAAGAAAACCAAGAAAUUGAAGAAAGAAGAUAAGAAACUCAACGAUUGGGCGAAAAGUAUUAAUAAAACUUUUGAAGAAAUUGAUAACUUCGACUUAAUUGUUGAAUAAAGAAGAAACUUCGACUAGUUUUAUGUUUCGUGCAAAUUUAACGGUAAUUUUCAUUUUUUUGUUGCUCACAAAGAAAUUCUGUACAUUAUUCUUAGACGUGUUUCUAUAAGAAAACAUGCAUUAGUUUUUGCACAGAAUUGCGAUUAUUAAUAGUUUUAUUGCUGCUUGAUGUAUCUUAAUGAAAAAUAAGUUUUUUUAAAUUGUGUUAUGUUAAUUAUUUAAAAAACGAGAAAAUUAUUGCUUUUAAUUACAGUUCAUUAGUGAAAAGUUUUAAUUUGACUAGUUCUUAUGUCUAAAGGAUUAAUAUGUCUAUUACAAAAAUAAGAGUUAUAAAAUAGAUAGAAGAUAUAUUAAACGAUAUCAUGAUAUUGUUCAAAUAGAAAUAAAAAUAUUGUCGAAGUUAAAGCUUUACGUAAUUCUUAAAUGUAAAUUAUUUAAUAUUGCUGCAUGCUGAGUGAUUUGAGUCUGAAAAAUAUACUGAAAACUAAGAAUGUUUUGAAGCUAAUACUCUAAAUUCAAAAGUGAUGCAGAUAAUUGUUUAAAAUUGAAAAUUUGCAAUUUUUAUGGGUGAAACAUAUUUUAUUAAAUUUCUGCGAUUGUUUGUUGUGUGACAAUAGUAAGAAUAAUUCAAGAGAAGACUACAUUUAAAGUAACUUUUAUAAUUAUAAGGUAGAAUUAAAGGAAUAUAUUUACUUAUAGUCUAACCAUUAAGGUUCGAAGAGAAUGUAGACAAAUGUAUAUUUUCCUUUCCUUUUUCAAAUAAAUAAUGAAAAUAAAUCCAAA